AUGGAAAAAGAAGGAUUUGCACCAAAGGUCGCCAAAUUCUCAGACAUGUACUUGAAGUACUAUCAUGAUAUAUUCGUUCCAAAUAUCAUGAGUGAGGAAGAAAAUCAGCAAAUGCAAGAGAUUUUCAAAACUCCUCUUCCAAUUGUCUUCAGAAUCGCUAAAGACACACCUCAUUUCGAUGACUUAUGCCAGCAGACAGAAAAACAUUUCGAAAAUUUAACAUCUAAAGGAUUUAAAUGUGAAAAGAAAACAUCUUUACCUCCAGAAUUCGGCGCUGUCUACCAAGUUGAUAUGACAGAAUCUGCAUUCAGAAGAGAUGAGUCUACAGCUGAUUUUCGCUAUUGGUUAAGAAAUAAUAUCAAAAUGGGUUAUAUUCGUCGUCAAGAGCUUGUUUCUAUGAUUCCACACCACUUCAUGCAAGUUUCUAAGGAUGAUGUUAUACUCGAUAUGUGCGCUAGCCCUGGUUCAAAGACAUCUCAGAUUGUAGAGAGUCUUUCUCAAGGAAAUGGCCUUGUUAUUGCUAACGAUAUCGAUCUUAAACGCUGUUACACACUCUUACAUCAAGUCCAAGAGAUCGGAACUUCAAAAGUUCUUGUAACUUGCAAUGCAGCACAAUAUUUACCUGAUUUCGGCAUAAAGUUCGACAAAAUACUUGCAGAUGUUCCAUGUUCAGGCGAUGGAACAGUCAGAAAAGACUCAAACGUUGCUUCAUCUUGGAAACCAAAUAAUUCAACAGCAAUGCACGGCUUACAACGCGCAAUUCUCAAACGAGGCCUCGAAUUACUCAAAGUAGGUGGCACAUUAGUCUACUCUACCUGCUCAAUGAACCCAAUUGAAGAUGAAGCCGUAAUUGGUUCAGUUCUUUCAGAAAUCCCAGGUUGCGUAGAGAUAGUAGAUACUUCCUCAAUAUUCCCAACCCUCAAACGCCAUAGUGGCCUCACAUCUUGGCCAGUUUACACCGUAUCAAAAGAAAAUCCAAAUGAAAUGCUCAGAUACGAGCUCCAUAGCGACGUACCAGAUAAUCUCAAAGGCCAAGUAUCCAAAACGAUGUUCCCUUCUGGCGUUGAAGGCUUAAAUAAUUGUAUGAGAUUUUUCCCGCAUUACGAGAACUCCGGAGGUUUCUUUGUAACUGUUCUUAAGAAGCUGAAAGAUUUCGACCGCAUUUCUGGCGACAAACCCCAGAAACCAGUCAAAGAAGCUCCAUUUAUUCCAUUAGUCAAAAAUUUCCCAGAACUAUGGGACGAGAUCAAGGAUCUUUACGGUCUGAAGGAUUUCCCAAGCGAACAGCUCUUCGCGCGCAACGAGAGCAACGCAAAGAACGUUUACAUCCUUUGUAAACCAUGUUCUGAAUUAGUGUCCUCUAUCGGCUGUCAAAAAAUAAACGUCGUGGCCGGUGGUGUAAACAUUUUUACACGGAAAGAUGACACUAUAUAUCCAUCUGCUGACGGUGCCAUAUUUAUUACACCGCACGCAACUAGACAGAUCAUAGAAGUCAUUCCUGAAGACGUGAAGAAACUUUUGGAAGGUGGUCCAAGUGGAGCAUCAAACAAAGAUUUGUCUGAAAAGGCUCAGGAGGCAAUAAAGAACUCCAAACAAGGCGGCUGUUUGAUACAAGUGCCUGGAACAAGGUUUGUUUACGGAGGAAUGAUAUUUAAAGCAAGUAUCGCUGUUUAUGUGAAGAAAGACAUCAUCACUCUUGAAUUGCAGAAACUUCAGAUCGCUUAUCCUGAUUUGUUUCCAAAAUAA